GAAGUCAUGAGGCUCGUGACAUACCGCGCCUAGCUCGAGGUUCUACAACGACGUCCCCUAAGCCCCGAGAGGCACUCUUCCACCAUGGCGACCAUUUCGAAUAUUCUGUCGUUGCCGUUCCGCAAGUCCACACAGCUCUCGCUCUCGUCGACGAUACGACAGUACAUCAACACCAAGUAUGACCAACACCCGGACAUGUUUCGUCAGGACCUCGAGGUCAUCGACGCCUUACGACGAGAUGCGGUCAACGUGAGGGAACCGCACCCCAGCGGAGUGAAGAAGCUGCAGGCCUAUGCGGGACAGCUCGUGUGGAUCGGGGGCAAGUUCCCGAUCGACAUCGGGGCCGAGUUUACCUGGUACCCAGCAUUGGGUUACAACACCGAACGACCGAUGGUGCGAAACAACCUCAAGUACGAACUCAUGAACAUCCUCUACAACUUGGCCUCCCUCUACUCCCAGCUUGCGGUAGCGCAGUCAAGAUCCGGCACGGAAGGUCUCAAGACGGCCGCGGGCCACUUUGCCUCGGCGUCUGGAGUACUAGAACAUAUGCUGAAGGAAGUCCUGCCCGAACUGCGCAUGUCUGACCCGCCCGAAGACAUGGACGCCAACACCCUCGAGUCUCUGUCCCAACUGCUCCUGGCACAGUCGCAAGAGUGCUUCUGGCAAAAGGCAGUCAUGGACGGGUACAAGGAUGCCAUCAUCGCUCGACUAGCCGCUCGCGUGUCUGAUCUCUACAACUCGGCGGGGGAGGCUGCUAUGAAGAGCGAGGCGAUUAGCUCUGCCUGGAUCCACCACAUGAGCGCAAAGCACCAUCACUUCGCUGGUGCCGCGCAAUACCGGGCCGCGUGCGAUUGUCUCGAGAAGAGGAAGUAUGGCGAAGAAGUUGCUCGCUUGCAGGACGCUGUGAGCUGUGUCAAUGAGGGCUUGAAGGAGAGUCGGGGCGGCUACCUUAACAAGGCGGUGCUCGAGGAUCUCAAUGGCCUGAAACGAAAGGUCGAAGAAGAUCUUAAGAGGGCAGAGAAGGACAAUGACGUUAUCUAUCUCCAACCUGUACCGCCAAAGUCGGAGCUCAAAAUUCUUGACAGAGCCAAUAUGGCAAUCGCUAGAGUGCCUCCGCAAGUAGCCAACCCCUUUGACUACGUCGGGGACCAGGCCGAAUUUGGCCCGGCACUUUUCACGAAAUUAGUCCCGUUCUCUGUUCACGCCGCCAUCACUAUUUACGAGCAACUGCGCGAUCGCAUAGUCAACGAGAACAUUAUUGGUCAGAUGGAAACACAGACGGAAAAGCUUCAUGCCAUGCUCAGCUCCAUCAACCUGCCUGGUUCGUUGCAGGCACUUGAGAAACCGUUGGGCCUGCCUCACAGCUUAGUUCACCACGCGGAGGAAAUACGGCAGGCAGAUGCUAUAGGAAGGAUUCAGCGGGCCUUUUCGGAUAUCGAUAAGCUUAGGACUGCCGAUAUCGCCAUCUUCAACGAAGGCAAAGCGAUCCUGGCGGCCGAAGAGGAGGAGGACAACCGAAUGAGACGGAAGUACGGCACAGACAGAUGGUCAAGACCGGAAAGUCGCAGCGACCCCCAGGGAGGCCAGUUCUGGGCCCAAGUAGCUGAGAUUGAAGGCUACUUUGCAAGCAGUACCAGCAGUGAUGCGGUGGUUCGAGAGAAAUACAAGGAGGUACAGGACUUGCUCGAGAUGCUCUCUGGAUCCGAUCGAGCCAUUAUGGACUAUGUGCCUUCAUCCAGGCGCAUGGACAUCCCAGAGCACCUGAAGCCGGUAAUAGGUAGGCUUCGGGGAGCUUACAACGAUGUCCUGCGACUCGAGUCCAAGAGGAGAAAGAAGGCUGAGGCGCUGCGGGAGAAGGCUAGGACGGACGACAUCAAGCCGGAUAUCCUGAAAGAAGCUGCACGACUCGAGAGGACAUACCCGACAACAGCAAUUGUCCCGGCCCACUUUGAGGACUUUUUCGAGAAGCGUCUCGACAAGCUUUAUGACUCUGAGAUCGAAGCGGUGGCCAAGGAAGAAGACGAGCAAGAGCGCCUCAUGACUGAGGUGCAGAGAGUCAACCGAGAGUUUGAGAGUCAAAAGAAGAACAUGUCGAGUGGCAGUCGCGAGCGGGAGCUGGCGCUUCAGAAACUUGACAAUGCUUACUACAAGUAUAAAGAGAUUGUCAACAACGUGGACGUUGGUCGCAAGUUCUACAAUGACUUGAGUAAGGUCGUGGGCCAAAACUUCCGCGAUCCUGUCAAGGCCUGGGCCGCAGAGCGGCGUAUGGACGCCAAGAGCCUUGAGGAGGAGGUAAGCAUGCCGCCGCUCAAUUCACUGAACUUGAACCGAUCCCCGGUCCACUCCCCGACCGGCUCAAACUAUGACCCGCGACCCCAAUCCUACUUUAGCGCCAGCGUCGUUCCCGGUACAACAGCACAGCAGCAGCAGCAGCCACCGUCGCGGCACGAGGUUCACUCUCCCGCACAGGCACAUAUCCAGUCAUGGGCCGGGUCGACUGUCGAGCCCCAGCACCCGAGACCCGCAGCGGCAAUGUCGAACAUGUGGCAGCCGGAUAUGGGCAUCAAGUUCGGAGCUCAACCAGGUGCACCAGCGCCUCCUGGGGGACCAGCACAAGGCCAGGGCCCGACGAGCCAGCCGCCGCAAGGAGGCACCUGGAACCCGUCCUCUGGGAUCAAGUUCGGUUAGGAUACAGAUCGAUUCCCACCGCCUGCAAAGAAGGGACGGUGAAGGGGGAGGUGGACGGGCAAGUCCGAGGAAGGCUCCCAUUUUGUCGGCUUUGAGCGAGUCGUUUGGCGUUGAUGGGAUUGUGUCGUCUUGCUAGAUGUACCAUAGCUCCGUCGCAAAGCACGCUUUUUGUGUUUGAGGGAUGAAGAACACGUACAUGGUUUGUUCAUGUACACUGAAGCAAACUCAAGCACAGUCGACGACCUAUGUUGAACCCCCAGUGGAUUUCUCACAUAGAUCCCCCUCCC